AUGGCUGAACCAACUGGUCUUGCCGAGGCUUUGGAGAAGCUCGCUAAGAUCCUCGCGGAGUCCAACUCUGGGGCCAUCGUUCCUCGACAGGAAGUGGCUCAAAAGCUUGAAAUGUCGCCCCUGGACAUGAAGCUAGAGGGGGCAACAAAUUAUUUGAGCUGGUCCAGAAGGGCUUUGUGGGCUGUGGAGCAGAAGGAGCUUGAUGGAUAUUUGUUGGGCACCGUUGUAGAACCAAGGGACACGAGUAGUGCAGAGGGCAAGAGGUGGAAGGUCAUCCACUCUGUACUUAUGGUGUGGUUGUUGAACUCCGUGGUGCCCUCCAUUGGACGCUCUGUGGAGGGGCUAUCCUCACCUGCUGAGAUAUGGAAGAUUCUGUCCACUCAAUACUCUGGCAAGGGCAAUGUCAUGCUCAUUGCUCAGAUUGAGGACAAGAUUAGGUUGCUGCGUCAAGAUGAUGGCAUGUCAGUGAUGACAUACGUGGCAGAACUGCAGGCUCUGUGGGCUGACCAGGAUAACUGUGAUCCCUUGGAACUCUAUGAUGCGGCUUCAAUCGAGACAGGGCAUAAGUGGAUGGCACGCAGGCGUGUGCUGAAAUUUUUGGCUGGCCUCAAAGGUUGCUUUGAUGGCAGGAAGGCUUCCCUGUUGCACCAACCUAGUCUGCCUACCAUUCCUGAGGCUAUUGCAGCGAUGACUCAAGAGGAGGUGCGCCUAUCCCUUGAGCAUGCAGACAUGAAGGUUGUGCCAGCUUCGACAUUUGCAGUCACUGAGCGCAUGGAGUGGGGAGAUCCCACCAAAUGUCACAUCUGUGGGGAGGUAGGUCACUGGAAGAGAGAAUGUCCAACUCGUGGCAGAGGCAGGGGAUAUAACAGAGGGGGAGCAGGCAGAGGUAGAAGUGCUAGAGGCAGAGGUGGAUACUCAGAGACCUCAUGGAGCCAGGCUUCUAGAGGUAGAGGUGGCUACUCAGGACACUCAGGGGGUCAGAGGGCUCACAUGGCCGUUGCAGGAGACACUGGGACGUCCAAAGGCAAAGAUGUAGAUGAUGUUGCCUAUGGAGACUUUGCUCACUGGGCCUCCACUGAUGAAGGAGCGACAGACGAGCCAGACGGUUGGGACUGGCACCAGGCUUAGGGGGCUCUGGUACAUGGACCAGGAGGUGCAGCCGGACUUGGUGUGUGCUGCGACCAUGGGGGAUAAGGAGAAGCAGGCGAUGAUCCAUCAUUGUAGGAUGGGGCAUGUAUCUUUUGAUAAGAUGAGUAGAAUAUUUCCGGAUGUUAUGUGUGGAAUAGGCAAAGGCAAGCUGACAUGUGAUGCUUGUGAAUAUGCA